AGCAGCAGCGGCGUCGGUGUCGCCGCCGCCUCCCCGCAGCGUCGCCUGCCGCGGUACCGCCCGCCCCUCGCCGGCUCCCCGCGCGCUGGAGCCCCGCGGGGGAGCUGAGGGGGAGCCCGUGAGCGCGGGAGCCGAGCGCCUCUUCAGGAGCCAGUGGCAGCUAGGAUGGCUUCGUCUUCGGGUAACGACGACGACCUCACCAUUCCCAGGGCUGCCAUCAACAAGAUGAUCAAAGAAACGCUCCCCAACGUCCGCGUCGCAAAUGAUGCCCGGGAGCUGGUGGUAAACUGCUGCACUGAAUUCAUCCACCUCAUCUCCUCCGAGGCCAACGAGAUCUGCAACAAAUCGGAGAAGAAAACCAUUUCUCCGGAGCAUGUCAUACAAGCACUAGAAAGUUUGGGAUUUGGCUCCUAUAUCAGUGAAGUAAAAGAAGUCUUACAAGAAUGCAAAACAGUAGCACUAAAGAGAAGAAAGGCCAGUUCACGCUUGGAGAACCUUGGCAUUCCAGAAGAAGAGCUUCUAAGGCAGCAACAGGAAUUAUUUGCAAAAGCUAGACAACAGCAAGCAGAACUGGCACAGCAGGAAUGGCUACAAAUGCAACAAGCAGCUCAACAGGCACAGCUUGCUGCUGCCUCAGCCAGUGCAUCCAAUCAGGCAGGAUCCUCUCAGGAUGAAGAUGAUGAAGAUGAUAUCUGAUAUUCACCAGCUGAGUUUGUCUUUAUUAAGAAAUAUUUUUCCUGCACAAUGAAAACAGUGAAAUGAAUGCUUACCUGUAAGUUUGUAUGCAUAAUGGACUGGCAAUUGGUAUUCUAGGGGUGUCUGCUGUUGUGUGCUGUACAUGUAUAAACUGUCUUUUUUUGAAUUCUUGAAGAUUUAAGGUUCAGUAUCAUAUCAACUUUGGAUUUUUAAUGGUGUAUAUGGAAAUUUUAGAUAGCAGUGCGUCAUUUAUUUGAUCAAUAAACAGUAUUACAAUAAACAACGAAUUUAUAAAAUGUAAUGAGCUUUAUACAAAAGGCUCUAAAUCCACAUUUGCAUUUCUUCCCUUUUAACUAAGCUAUUAA